CGUCAUAUGAGUUGUCGCAACAGUCUUGGUUUUAACCUAAUUUCAUUUGUACCUGUUUUCCAAAAGAAUCUCAGUAGUUCUCUGUACAUGAAACAUGAUGUCUAAUGGUAUUCAGAAUCUGACUGAGCAAAUUGAAGAUACCUCAAUGGGAAAUAAUGUACAUCAUUCGUCAUUGGUAUCAUCGCCAUCGUCGGCCUUGAAUUCUCCCCUCAUGAAGCUAUCUUCGUAUUUUCUGGCAGUACGACCGUGGUCGCUGAGUGCGUCAUUGAUGCCGACACUUCUCGGAUCAGCGCUUGCAUAUCGACUACCAGGCCUGGCAAGCUUCAAUUGGAUAUCGUUAUGCCUUACUGUGCUUAUAGUGUUUUGCGUGCAUGGUGCUGGUAAUGUAGUGAACACUUAUUUUGACUAUGUGAAAGGCGUUGAUAGUAGAAAAAGCGACGACAGAAUAUUGGUAGAUGAGUUACUGUCCAAAGACGAAUUGGUUACAUUGGGGGCAUUCCUAUAUGCAGCAGGAUGUUUAGGAUUUGUCUUACUGGCAGUCCUCUCUCCUGCAAAGAUGGAACAUUUGGCUCUUGUGUAUUUUGGAGGUCUGUCCUCCUCCUUUCUCUAUACAGGAGGUAUAGGAUUGAAAUAUAUCGCUCUGGGCGAUGUACUUAUCUUAGUUAUAUUCGGUCCAAUUUCAGUUCUAUUUGCGUUUAUGGCGCAAACUGGUUAUGUUGAACUAGGAACAAUUUAUUACGCGAUACCACUUGCCUUGAAUACUGAGGCUAUUUUGCAUAGUAACAACACGAGAGAUAUGGAAAGUGACGAGAAAGCAGGAAUCGUAACAUUAGCUAUUUUAAUAGGUCAUACCGCGUCUUACGUUUUGUAUGCUUUUUUACUAUUUACACCAUAUAUAAUUCUUAUAGUAGUGGCGUUUAGAUAUUCCCUCUGGUUUGUACUGCCAGUGAUCACUUUGCCGACUGCCUUUAAAAUAGAAAAGGACUUUCGCAAUCCGCAUAGAAUUCAAAACGUGCCUAAACGGACAGCUGGAUUAAAUUCGUUUCUAGGUAUUUUAUAUGUUCUCGCUUGUUUACUCGUGGGCUCGCUUCCUUAUUUGUAAAUUAUUCA